AUGGCCUCGAACGAUAGACCAGUAAAGAACGCAUCUGGCCGCUACGACAAUGUCGAUUUCCGAAAAGCGGCCGGGUACGAACAUGCCCCCAUCAAGUGCGCCUACAACCGCCGUGAUGUUCUACUCUUUUCCAAUGCCAUCGGCUGUCAGAAGGAAGAGUUACAUUUCCUCUACGAGUUGCACCCCAACUUUGCCGCCUUCCCCACGUUUCCAAUCAACCUCGCCUUCAAGCAGACAGACCAAGAUGUCUUUGACUUUAUUGCCCGCACAGUGACGGGUCACGUCCCGGGCUGUCCGCCAUUCGACGCCCAGCGUUCCGUGGAUGGGGAGCGAGGCAUUGAAAUCCUCCGCCCAAUCCCCGUAUCUUCAGAUGGCCUUGAUUUAGAGGUUCGAAGCAAAGUCAUUGGAGUCUAUGAUAAAGGCGGCGCAAUGAUUCUCGAAGCAGAACAGCUGCUGGUGGACAAGAAGACCAAUACGGCUUAUACCAAAAUGACAUCCACCGCAUUCGGCAUAGGACAGGGCGGCUACAGCGGCCCCCGGGGCCCAACAAAGCCGGUCGUGAAAGCACCAGAGCGCGCCCCGGACGCGGUGCACAUCAUCACGACCACCCCGGAGGCGGCCCUUCUGUACCGCCUCUGCGGCGACUAUAACCCACUUCACGCAGACGAGGCAUUUGGGCAGCGCGCCGGGUUCCAAGGGUCUAUCCUCCAAGGCCUAGGCACCUGGAACAUGGCUGCUCACGGCCUGCUACAGAAGCUGGGCGGCAGCGACCCAAGUCGUUUUAAAGCGUACGGGGCUAGGUUCAAGAGCGUCGUUUAUCCCGGAGAUACCCUUGAGACGCGCAUGUGGGUUGUCAAGAGCGGAGGCGGGGUAGACGAUGUUGUCUUCGAGACGACUGUGAAGGAUGAUGGACGAGUCGCUCUGUCCAAUGGCUACGCCAAGAUUUUGCAAGCGAAACCAAAGAUGUAA